AUGGCUGAACAUGAAUAUUUUCAGAUAUUUUGUAAUGGUUUGCAACCAAUGUUUAAACUUGUGUCAAGAAAUACAAUGAGGUCGGAUGUCCUUGAAGUUUACAAACGUGAAAAGGAAAAGUUACACAACCACUUAGAGAAACUCCUAGGUAGAAUCACUCUAACUACUGAUAUUUGGACAUCUGAUCAUCAACAUAUUGGUUAUAUAUGCUUUACAUCUCAUUUUAUUGAUGAUAAUUGGGAAUUGAACAAAAAAAUAAUUGGUUAUAGAUGUAUCGAAUAUCCUCAUGACGCGAAAACCUUUUUUAGAUACAUCACUGAUAUGAUUUUGGAUUGGAAUCUGGAGAAAAAAUUGUUCGCCAUGGUGGUUGACAAUGCUACUGUCAAUGAUGCGAUGGUAAGAAGUUUGAAAAGUUGGCUUUGUGACAAGUCUGCAAUACCUUUGGAAGGUGAGUUAUUUCACGUGCGUUAUAGUGCUCAUAUUCUUAAUUUGAUUGUGCAAGACGGGCUAAAAGUAAUUGGAGUGUUUAUUCAUAAGGUUAGAGAAACUGUAAGGUAUUUGAAAAGGUCUCCAUAUGCAACACAAAAAUUUGCUCAUGCAAAAAAUCAACUUAGGUUGAAAGAUAAUAAAAAGGUGAAGAUGGAUUGUUCUACUGGGUGGAAUUCUACUUUUGAGAUGAUUGAAAGUGAAAUAGAGAUGAAAGAGGUGCUUUGGCGCCUAGCACAAACAGAUCGUAAUUAUAAACUCUAUCCAAGUGAUGAAGAAUGGAAAAUUGCUAAAGUUCUAUGUGAUUGCUUGAGAAUAUUUUAUGGUGCAAUAAAUCAUUUUUCUGGUUCUCAUUUCCCCACAUCAAAUGUGUUUUUUCCAGAUGUUUGUAAUAUUCAACUACAUUUAUCUAAAUGGGAAAGAAGUGAGCACAGCUUUUUGAGUAUGAUGGCUGGCCCAAUGAAAUUGAAGUUUGUUAAAUAUUGGGAGCAGUGUUGUUUGGUAUUAGCAAUUGCUAUUGUUUUUUAUCCAAGAUUUAAAAUGGAUUUGGUUGAAUAUUAUUAUGAUAAACUCUAUGGUGUUGAUGCUCAUACACAUGUUGAAAGAGUUCGUAAGGCAACAUUUAACCUUUUCAAUGAGUAUGAUGAUAGUUCAUCCCAAUCUGAAGUGGAAGCAAGUCAAGAAGUUGGUUAUAGUAGUGAUCAUGGAAUGGGGGCAUUUCUAGAGGACCAAUUGAGUGGGUUUGAUUCUUGGUCAACACAAUUUCGAUCUUCUAAUUUGUCAUGUUCUUCGAAAAAGUCAGAAUUAGAGAAGUACUUGGAGGAACCAUUAUUUCCAAAAAAUGAAAAUUUUAAAGUUCUGAAUUGGUGGAAGGUUAAUAAUGCUAAAUUCCCCACUCUUAGAAAAAUUGCUCGUGACAUAUUAGCUGUUCCAACAACUACUAUUGCGUCUGAGGCUGCAUUUAGUGUGGGAGGAAGAGUAAUUGAUGAUUUUCGUGCUUCGUUGCUUCUGGAAACUAUAGAAGCUUUGGUGACCACACAAGAUUGGCUCCCUUCCCUGAAAAGAGAGUAA